GAGGGACAAGGGUGUAAGAAAGUGGAUGGAUGGAUGUUUUGCAGUGAAAAUGGUUUUAUUUCAGUUUUAACGAAGGUUGUUUCUUCAGCUUCAUCAGGGCCCGUCUGCUGUUCUGCUGCAAGAAUCUCACUCUGAGACCAAAGUCUGUCUCUGUUUGACUUCUGUCAUUUACUGUUAAGCUUUCCCACUGCAUUCAGCUUAGAACAACAUCAAAAUUAAAUAUGAUCAGCAAUAAGCUUGGAAAGAAUAUCCAGCAGUAGUCCAGCUGCACAUGAGCUCAGCUUCUGGAUGUUUAUUUCAGGUUGUGUAGUCAAAUCCUCAAAGCAUAACUUCCCUGAUUCAAGGCAAAUGAACAUCCCUUCCUCGUUGAAUGAAAGUCUAGCAGUGAUGUGGGUAUUAAGUUCUGUUUGCAUGUUUUACAAACAGCCAGGGACUUUUUUUUUUGUUUCCGGUUCAUGUCACAGAUUUAUCGCCAGUGCCUGCGCCCGAAGUCUCCACAUCCCGCCAGGCGCUGGGAGGAGAGCCCAGCCCAACGCGGUGCUGGAGAAGGUGUUCACCUCCAUCACUAAGAAUCCAGACUCGCGGCAUCUGGAUGGCCUGUCUAAGCAGCUGGACUGGGAGGUGCGGAAAGUCCAGCGCUGGUUCAGGCAGCGCAGGAAUCAGGAUAAACCCAGCACACACACUAAGUUCUGCGAGAGCAUGUGGAGGUUUACAUUUUAUUUGGGGGUAUUUAUUUAUGGGAUCCAGUUUCUGUGGCAGUGUCCGUGGAUGUGGGAUACGCGGCAUUGUUGGUACGGUUACCCCUAUCAGGUCAUGACUCCAGGCCUUUAUCACUACUAUGUGACUGAGCUGGCUUUCUACUGGUCACUCAUGUUUUCCCAGUUCACGGACAUAAAACGGAAGGACUUCCUCAUCAUGUUCAUCCAUCACCUAGCAACAGUGAGCCUCAUUAGCUUUUCUUACGCCAACAACAUGGCUCGCGUGGGGAGCCUGGUGCUGUGUGUCCACGAUGCCGCCGACUUCCUGCUGGAGGCAGCCAAGAUGGCAAACUACACCAAAUACCAGCGGGUGUGUGACUCCCUCUUCAUUGUGUUCAGUGUGGUGUUCUUUAUCACACGGCUUGUUAUAUUUCCAGUAUGGAUCCUGAACUCGACUAUGUUUGAGAGUUGGGCCAUCGUUGGACCCUACCCAUCCUGGUGGGUCUUCAAUGUCUUGCUGCUUCUGCUCCAAGUGAUGCACGUCUUCUGGGCUUACCUCAUAUUCCGCAUAGCUUUCAAAGCUAUUAUGCGAGGAAAGGUGUGUAAAGAUGUCCGGAGCGACAUUGAGAGCAGCUCUGAAGAAGAACCUGACAGCCCAACCGAAGGCCGGAAGGCCUCCACUCACACACCGAAGGGAGAAAACGGCACCAACGGCCAUUGUGCGGCAGCCAGAACCCGGACUCAGAACCACAGUAGCUGGUGACGAGGAGCCCACAGCGCCCCCUGCAGCCUCCAUAGAGCUACGUCUGCCUGACCUGCGGGGCUCUCUCCCACUUUAUAUUAACACUGACAGCGCACAGAUUUGUGAAUCGGUGGAUGGAUGGAUGUGCAGACACUGACAGCGUUGUGCGGAAAUCGGAUCAUGUGAUUUGCGUAACCUUAUUUUUCCAGGCGGUGGGAUUAAUGAGUUUGACUGCAGAGAUUGGUUAGUUUGAAUGUUCUCUCCCAGUUUUAUUGGUCAGAGGAACUGAGUUAUUUUUUAUCCUGAAGGGUUUAUUUACAACAUUUUUCACAGUGCCACCUUUCCACAGCAGGCAUCACUCAAAUAAAGAUCAACAUGUGUUACAGCUGGGCUUUUAUCAGCUCUGAAAAGCAGAAAAYCUGCUGGAUGAGUAACAGGAAGUUGGCAGUUAUGCAAAAUGAUGUGGACUUACUUUUCAGCAAUGUCUGGCUACUUUGUAACCUAUUUUAMUGUUUUUACUACUUCUUCCAAGACCAAUCGUGUAUGAGAUUUUCACAGCCGGUAAAUCCAGGAAUGUGGACCAUGAAAAAGAUUACUUGAGUGCUUUGUAAAAAUGUAUUUUCAAAUAUAUUCUGUUGUUUGACGAUGUCUCUUUUAAUGCAGAACUGUGAGAAAUUGUCAUUUUUAUGCAAUACAAACUAUAAAUUAUGCUCUGCAGAUGUGACAAAGGCAAAAAUAUAUUCUCUACCAUU